AUGUCGCAGUCCAUAAGAGGCCGCAGCGAUUCCUUGGCGGCCCGCAAUUCACCUUCACGGCAAGUGUCAAAGAGACCAGCGCGAUCUCCGUCUUUAUCUGUCAGAACACCAUGCGAUCCGUACAGAGACUUGCACCGACUGGACGAUCGUCUCAUCGACCUGGAUGGCACAGGCUCCUCAGCCGCCUGUACUCACCCAGAUCGAACUCCGCGCGAGUUACAGCCACAGCCUAGCCUUCUUGACCUGAUCGAUGGCCCUUCCAGCACAAUCUAUCAGCCAUUUGCCACCGAGCAGCUGGGCCUGAGUCUGCAGCCCCCCGACCAAAGAUAUACAGAAGAGUGCCAGGAUUGCGGCUCUACGAGCGAGGCUGUUAGCUUCUGCAACGUGUGUGAUCUUGUUUAUUGCGCGGAGUGCUGGGACCGACAACUCCCACACAGGCGGCGAAAGCUCGGGCCCGGUGGGAUUCCUCAUGAAAAGACUUCGGCUUCUGUCGCACAAAAAGUGCAGCAAGUUCUGGAACCGCCCACUGAUGAGUAUACCAGAGAGAGAUUGCACUUCCAGGAUGCAGAGACAGCAUGGUUUGGUAUUUCGCGGCCUGAUGACGGACCGCCGCUCUUCCAGGACUAUGGCCGCUUCACUGAACUGAUGGAGCUGACUGAGGAUACCACAGCGGGGCCGUUCAGUGCUGGAUCCGCUGCAGCGGCCACUCGGGACAAUCGAACCCCAAGUUUGGUCUCAUUUGUCGGGGAGACGGGCGCGGGCAAGAGCACCCUGAUCAAGCUCCUUAUUGACCUCAAUACAGAAGCUUGGGAGAACUACGCAACCCCUGUUGUAGGGGCCUCGGGUGUUGACGUGCCAACUUCAGAGGACGUGCACCUUUACAUCGAGCCCCGCACAGCAGAAACCGAUGCGCCCGUCUUAUUCGCCGACUGUGAAGGCCUGACUGGAGGCACCCGAGAGCCUUUGGGCGCUGUGUUCAAGAAGAAGCGGAGAAAAACCAGCCCAAGGGGAUCCGAUUCAUCUGAUCGCCUUAGUCGUAAAGGAAGACUGAUCUCCGAGAGAGAUAUAUCAUGGGCUGACAAUGCACGCUCAAGAAGCAGAGAGUUUGCAGUGACGAAUCUCUACCCACGACUUCUAUACACCUUCUCUGAUGUUGUAGUUUUUGUUCUACGCAACCCCCGUGUCGUGGAAAGCGUCUUUGAAAGACUGAUUGAAUGGGCAGCGGCAGCGCUCGAGAUGUCGUCCAAUCAACCAGUCUUACCUCAUGCUGUUAUUGUCCUGAACGCUUGUGGCAAUGACAUCGAUCCAUCUCUAUGGAAUCCGGAAAUCACGACCGAAAAGAUUCUUGAGUCUUUAUCCCGCACCGUCAACCAGAACAGAGUGUUUAAAAAGCAAGCGCAGAUCUGGAGAGAGAGGAACUGCCAGAUCGAGACCGUCGAGCAGUUGAUGCGUUCUUUUUAUAGCUCUGUAAUCAUCAUCCGCAUCCCAGCCGAAGGCAGACCGAAGCUCAUCCAGCAGCAAGCAGAGACAUUGUACAACAGCAUCCGUGAAGCUUGCAAUUCAGCAAGAGACAGCAGAGCUGAUCUGCGGAUGUUGUUCGAUGUUGAGGAAUUGCAAUCUUAUCUCGACUGCGCUUGUGAUCACUUUGCACGGACCUUGGACCAACCAUUCGACUUCGUCCAGGCGUCACUUGCCAACAGCCCAAUACCACUGGAUUUUGGCGGAAAUGUUCUCAAGCUCGCUAUCAGCCUCAUGGAAGCGUGGAAGGACGAAGUGGACGCAAGGACGAUCUUCCAAGAGCUCAGCUACAUGGUGGCUUCAUGCAUCAUGUUCGACAUCGCUCGGAACAAAAACAAAGGCUCUAUUGAUUCGAUGUUCCCACAUUACCUAGACCAUCUCGACGCGGCUCUCGAGAACUUCUGCAAUAGCCACUGGCCGUGCGAAUUCGUCAAGCCCGGAACCACUUCCAGAUGCGUCAAUGUAAGAAGCGGCCACGCAAAAGGGCACCAAAGCAAAAAUGGUAAGGUGUUGGCCGUGGGCAUCUACCAGUCACAUUUUUCCUAUACCACGCAUCGCGAGGAGUUCGAGAGGAACGUAUAUUUCAACCUGAAAGACCUGCACGCUGUUCUAUGCGAACGGGUCCGUGACGGAGAACCGGAAGAUAUUGUGGCUGCUGACGUUCACCAAAACACUGUUCUGGCAAACUUCGUUGCGCGUUGCUCACGAGACCGCGGGAAUUCCCUGUUCAGCAGCCAUACCGCUUGCUUCUGCUGUCUCUUCGAGCUGCCGGAGCACGCCCUACCGUGCGGGCAUAUCAUCUGCACGUCUUGUGCUCAAGUAUUUGGGUCGUCGUCGGUGAAUGAGCUUACAGUUCCUCGUUGUCCAAUCUGCCCCCCGGAAGCCAACGAGUGUCAUUACAAGAUUCCCCUCAAGCCAAAGGGUGCAGGAGUUCGCAUUCUGACGCUGGAUGGUGGUGGAAUGCGCGGCAUUGUUGAGCUUGAAGUUCUUCUCGCAAUAGAGCGCGCCAUGGGCGGGAAGCUUCCAAUCCAGAGCUUCUUUGAUCUCAUAGUUGGCACAAGUACCGGAGGACUCAUUGCGCUUGGACUUGUGGGGAAGGCUUGGUCGGUUACCGAAUGCUUGGAGCACUUUGAGAGGCUUUGCAACCAGGCCUUCACGCGGCGAGCCGGUGGAGAUUUGCCCAUCGUAGGCUUUUUCAUCAACAGCUACAACCAAUCCCUCUAUGAGACGUCGCCACUCGAGAAAGCCCUGAUGGAUGCGUUUGGGGACGAUGAGUAUCUCUUUGGUGGCCGAAGCGGAAUCAAACCGUACAGGGUCAGAGUUGCCAUUACGACGGCCUCAGCAGCAACAGGGACACCGAUUGUGCUUUCAAAUUACAAUCUGCCAUAUCAGUUCCAGAGAGCCGAGACACUUGCGUCAGAGCUCAAGCUUUGGGAAGCUGGGAGAGCCACUUCUGCAGCACCCCGUUUCUUCAAGUCAUUCAACCACGAGCCCUCGAGACAAGUGUACCUCGACGGCGCACUAUACCACAACAACCCUAUAGCAAUCGCCCAACGGGAAAACAACUUGAUUUGGCCUGAGCAACCCUCUGAAUUCCCGGAUGUUGUUGUUUCCCUCGGGACUGGUGCUUCGUUGCGCGAUCGACAAGUCAACUCCGACCAUCUUAUGACGCCUCAACAAUCGCGGCGAGGCAUCUUCUCCUACGGUAAAAGUCUCAUCAAAAUUGCUAAAGACAUCAUCGACUCGUCCUUGGACUGCGAGAAAACUUGGGAAGCCUACAUUAACGGAUUGCCCAAAACUUGCGAGUCCUCUCGAUUUGUGCGCAUCAACCCAGAAGUUGCUGAUCUACCUCAGCUUGAUGACAUCGGUGAAAUGAAGAGUCUGCAGACUCGUGUCCAAAAUAAACUACAGAAUCCAAGGUAUGAGGACAUUCUUCGGCGCCUUGCCAUGCGCCUUGUGGCUACGAGCUUCUUCUUCGAAGUGCAAGAACCCAUCUCAGAUGACAAGAUCGUGAAAGGAUCCAUUUGUUGCCGUCUGCCAAAAGACUCCCCAGAGGUGGGCGAACUUGGCAAGCUGAUCAGAUCCUGGACUCCGUCGUACGGCCAGUUGCCCUUUUUUUUCAUUUACGAAAAAGGAUCAGACAUCACCACAGCGCAGAAGAUACCAAUAUCCGAGGACAUGAUCAAGACGAUGGUGGUCUUCUACGAAUUCCGCAUGCCUCGGAGGAGUGUGCAGCUUCAGCUGUCUAAUACAUUUGCGCCGACGGAGAUACAACUCUGUUUCAACCAGAGCGACGCCUUCCCAAUCAGUGGCUUUCCCCGGAUACUUUUUGAGGAGUCUUUGGAGAACCGGACCAAUUCACGCAGGAACCUCGCAGUUACAAGCUCGAGGCGGAAUCGGUGGGUGUCGCAAUUUGGUGAUCGGCCACAGAGAAAAUGGACACCACCAACAGGCGACAUCCACCGGACCGCGUCAGUCACGGGCUACGCUCAGUCUACGAAUCCCCUUGGUUAUGCAUCGCAGGAGGACCUUCUGGCAAUGGCGCACACUCUGAAAUACGGCGCGCCUCCUACUCAGUAUACCGUGGCGGCAGCGCCUCAAAACACUGGAACGCUAGCUUCUGGUACUGCAUAUCUACGAGGCGCGCUUCGCGGCCUUGUCCACCGGUCAAGGUCUCCGAUGACCGGUACAAUUGCAAACUCGCAGCCUCCAGGAACGCAGCAAACCCCGCCAAUCGAACCGUAUCCGCCUAUCAUGCCAGAGCUCAUCGGGGAUCAUAUAUACAACGACGCCACCUCAUCCACCGGCGUUUAUGAGAUGGACGCCGAGAGCUCCUAUCCCGUUGAGCUUCCUGGAUAG